AUGCCUUAUGGACAGCCAGCAACCUUCGAGACAAAUUCGCGUCAGCCAUGGAUCGUGCUGGACAUGGUCCUGUCGCUCUGCAGCGUCGGCAGUUUGGCCGGUCGUACGUUGAUUUGUCCUUGCGUGAAGCUCUCUUCGGGCAAUGCUCGUUCGCUGCGCCAAUGCGACGUGUUGGCCUACGAUGAGUGCGAUAAUGCUGCAACGCUGAGCGAUGCUGUGAUGCAAUGUGUCCCUGCUAUCCAAGGCGUUCUUGCCCGUCCGAAGAAUUGGACCAUUUUGUGUAAACACCCGGUUUGCCCCGAGUUCAGCCUUAUGCACUGCGGGCCGGUCUGCUUCGAGGUAGGAGACAGCGGCUGCUUGAGCUUGGGCUGGAAGGGAUCGCAUGAGAGAAAGGGGAAGUCAGCACUUGGAACGUUGGAGUCUACCAUUAAACCCAAAAGUUCUGAAUCCAGAAAUAGCCAGCCAGUAGCCAACCUUUCACCUUGA